AGUGGGGCAUGGGGCAUGUGCAACAUCGGUGGAGGGGUGGACAGCAGAGGCAGGUUGGGCUCUGGUGGCCUGGCAUGCAGAGCCAGCAGAUCCAGGGCCUUGAGUGCUGGAUGGGGCGCCACUGGCUCAGCUGGAGCUUUUGGCAGCUUUGCAGGUGGGGAAGGUGGCCUUCUUUCAGGUGGCGAGAAGCAGACGAUGCAAAACCUUAACAACCGUUUGGCCACCUACCUUGGAAAUGUUCAAGCACUGGAAGAAGCAAACAGUGAACUUGAAAACAAAAUUGCAGAAUGGUAUGAAAAGUUUGGAGCAGGAAACCAAGAUGGACAACGACACGACUAUAGCGAAUAUUAUGCAAUUAUUGAUGACCUUAGGAAACGGAUAAUUGCUACAGCUACAGACAAUGGAACAGUUAUUUUGGAGAUUGACAAUGCUAGGUUGGCUGGUGCUGACUUCAAACUCAAGUAUGACAAUGAAGUGGCCCUCCACCAGAGCGUUGAAAUGGACAGGAAUGGCCUACGAAAGGCCCUAGAAGAAAUUGAGAUAACAAGUAAUGAUCUUAAAAUGCAGAUUGAUGGCUUGACUGAAGAGCUGGAAUACAUGAAGAAGAAUCAUGAGGAGGAUAUGGGCUCUGUGAAUGAUUCUACUACAGCUGGAGAUAUCAAUGUGCAAAUGAAUGCCACGCCUGGAGCUGACCUGACUACUCUUCUCAAUGAGAUGAGGGCUGAAUAUGAGGCUCUGGCUGAGCAGAAUAGAGAGGACAUUGAGGCCUGGUUCAACGAACAGAGCCAAGAACUGAAUAAGCAGAUCAACACCAGCGUUGAGGAAACCAGUACCAACAAGAGUGAGAUUACUGAACUGAAACGUAGUUUGCAGAACCUUGAAAUUGAACUGCAAUCCCAACUAUCAAUGAAACAAUCUCUUGAGGCCACUCUAGCACAGUCAGAAGGUCAAUACUGUGCCCAACUGUCCCAAAUACAAGAAGUAAUCAGCAAUGUGGAAUGCCAAGUACAGCAGAUAAGAGAUGACAUGGCGUGUCAGAACAGAGAAUACGAACAGCUCCUGGAUGUUAAGAUCCGCUUGGAAAACGAGAUUGAGACUUACCGAAGUCUGCUCGAUGGGAAUGAAAGAGGAAAUGACAUGGGACAAUCCAGAGGAUCAUCAGGUUCAAAAUUUAAAGACCAGUCAUCCUUCAGCUCUGGAGACCCCCAAAAAAGAAGAGUGAUCAGGACCAUAGUGGAAGACAGAAUUGGUGAUCAAGUUAUCUCAACUCAUGUCCAGUCUGUUGAAGAAAAGCCCAUUAAAUAAGGAGCCUCAGCUUUACUACAAAGUCUUUCAGAGCACAGCACUCAGAUAGAAACAAAAAGCUGCCCAGAAAACCAGGACCCUCUUCCUUUCUCUGCUUCUGCAACUGCUUCUUUUCUGAGCACAUU